AUGCCACGACCCUCUGGCUCGAGCAUGUCCUCUGCGUCACUUAGCGCCCUUCUUUCUGCUCUAGGUCUCUCCGAUUCCACUGACGACGACUACCAUACAACAUCCAGCGGAAAAUUACAGCCUGAGAUUUCGAAAUUCGCAUCACAGGACCGUUAUCGCCCCCAAAGGCCUACAACCCCGUUUUCGAACGUGGAAUUUUCUACUGAAGAUGAAGCUCGAAUAUUCCGCCACGACUUUCUUUCAGACUUUGACAUUUGCUCCGAUUUUGAAGAUGAUAGAGAGAGCGACUUUGAUUUCGAAACACUUCCUUCCAGACCAGGAUCAUCGCUAGAGGGCUUCGAAGUCAUUACACCCAUUGCUCAUCAGCAGCACCGCGUCGAAAGCCCUCCUGCGAGCCCAGUUUCCUUUGAAUCACCUAAAGCAGUCGACCACAUCUACAUCAAAGCCGCUCUCAACGCUUCGAUCAUCAUGCUCCGGACACCUCGCGAUAUCACAUUCAAAGAGCUCCAGCAACGGCUCUACAACAAAUUCGUGCACCAGGAAAACAUUUUCCUAUCACAUUCUUUCUCUGUUCUUCUCGCGCUCCCGCCACCAUCAUCGUCUAAUCUGGGACGAUCAGCGUCAGGACGCAGACGGGUGUCGUUCGCGUGCUGCACUGAGAUGAGUUUCAUCGACCGCGAAGUAGAUUGGCGCAGGAUCGCUGACAAAAAUGAUGGAAGCAAGAUAACACUGCGUAUCCUAGAUACUCCUCCUUGA